GAAGGGGGAAGCGCCGAGGCUGCCUGACUGGAAUGAGGGUAGCUCCGGCUACUGAGGCGGCGGGACCGGGGCCGGCCAUGGCGGUGUGGACGCGAGCCACCAAAGCGGGGCUGGUGGAGCUGCUCCUGAGGGAGCGCUGGGUCCGGGUGGUGGCCGAGCUGAGCGGAGAGAGCCUGAGCCUGACGGGCGACGCCGCCGCGGCCGAGUCUGAGCCGGCUUUGGGGCCGGCUGCCGGCGCCUUCAACGGCCUCCCGAACGGCGGCGGCGCCGGUGACUCGCUGCCCGGGAGCCCGAGCCGCGGCCUGGGGCCCCCGAGCCCGCCGGCACCGCCGCGGGGUUCUGCGAGCGAGGCGGGCGCGUCGCCGCCCGUGCGUCGGGUCCGGGUGGUGAAGCAGGAGGCGGGCGGCCUGGGCAUUAGCAUCAAGGGCGGCCGCGAGAACCGGAUGCCGAUCCUCAUCUCCAAGAUCUUCCCAGGGCUGGCCGCCGACCAGAGCCGGGCUCUGCGGCUGGGCGACGCCAUCCUGUCGGUGAACGGCACCGACCUGCGCCAGGCCACCCAUGACCAGGCCGUGCAGGCGCUGAAACGCGCGGGCAAGGAGGUGCUGCUGGAGGUCAAGUUUAUCCGAGAAGUAACACCAUAUAUCAAGAAGCCAUCAUUAGUAUCAGAUCUGCCAUGGGAAGGUGCAGCUCCCCAGUCACCAAGCUUUAGUGGGAGUGAGGACUCUGGUUCUCCAAAACACCAGAACAGCACCAAGGACCGGAAGGUCAUCCCUCUCAAGAUGUGCUUUGCUGCUAGAAACCUAAGCAUGCCGGAUCUGGAAAACAGAUUAAUAGAGCUACAUUCUCCUGAUAGCAGGAACACGUUGAUCCUACGCUGCAAGGACACAGCCACAGCACACUCCUGGUUCGUAGCUAUCCACACCAACAUAAUGGCUCUCCUCCCACAGGUAUUGGCUGAACUCAAUGCCAUGCUUGGUGCAACCAGCACAGCAGGAGGCAGCAAGGAGGUCAAGCACAUUGCCUGGCUGGCAGAACAGGCAAAACUAGAUGGUGGAAGACAGCAAUGGAGACCUGUGCUCAUGGCUGUGACUGAGAAGGACUUGCUGCUCUAUGAUUGUAUGCCAUGGACAAGAGAUGCCUGGGCAUCGCCGUGUCAUAGCUACCCUCUUGUGGCUACAAGGUUGGUUCAUUCUGGCUCUGGAUGUCGAUCGCCUUCACUUGGAUCUGACCUUACGUUUGCUACCAGGACAGGCUCUCGGCAGGGCAUUGAGAUGCAUCUCUUCAGGGUGGAGACACAUCGGGACCUGUCAACCUGGACAAGGAUACUUGUUCAGGGUUGCCAUGGUGCUGCUGAGCUGAUCAAGGAAGUCUCUCUAGGCUGCAUGUUAAAUGGCCAAGAGGUAAGACUCACUAUCCACUAUGAAAAUGGGUUCACUAUCUCCAGGGAAAAUGGUGGCUCCAGCAGCAUAUUGUACCGCUACCCUUUUGAAAGGCUGAAAAUGUCUGCUGAUGAUGGCAUCAGAAAUCUGUAUCUGGAUUUUGGUGGUCCAGAGGGAGAACUGACCAUGGACCUGCACUCUUGUCCGAAGCCGAUUGUAUUUGUGUUGCACACGUUCUUGUCAGCCAAAGUUACUCGUUUGGGACUGCUUGUAUGAGAAGCAGAAAAUCAGAAAAGAGCCUUGACUGUCACAAGAAGUAUUUCCAUCUCCAAAAGAAAAAAAACACACAGAACAAAAAGCACAAAAAGAAAGCUCUUUGCUCUCUGCUCUCUCCUCCAGCACAGUGCCUUCCCAAGGACCUGCAGAUCACUGCUGAACCAUAACCGUGUUUAAGAAGAGCCUGCCUUUCACAGUCUACCUUGGCCAGAAAUUUUAGGACUCUAAUAAGCUCCAAAACGAAGCUAUUGAUUUAUUGUCUUGUUUCAUAAUGUGGUUUAGAAGUAAUUAGGUUUAUUUCCCCUGCUAGAAAGGAUGGCUCAUUGUUUUCCUUUUCAGACAUAAUCAAAUAGCCAAGAGUUGUUUCCUUUUUCUUCUUCCUGCAGGAUUUAUUUUGGGCUUAGCCUUGAUCUCUUGUUUAGGACAACUGUCCCUUCCCAGGUGCUAGUUUGCAGCAGCCCAUCACUUCCUGGUCAUUCCAGAUAGGUCAUAUGUCUUGGUGGAGUUUACUGUCCUUGAGUUGCAUCACCAAAGGUUUUUCUAUCUGUCCUGGCUGUCUCUCCAUCCCACCCUGGCUAUUCCCAGCUUAUCACAAGCUUUGCCACUCUUAAGUGCUAUUUUUAGGACUUAGAACUUGCAAAAUUUGAUUUGCCUUGCCUUCCAUUCCCUGUCUGAUGGUGACCAAGUUGAAAAGCAAGUUGGAAACCAUUGCUUUAAAAGGGAAGUUCUGCUUGGUUUAGGUUUUUCUGAUUUUAUCUUUGGUAGGAGCCACGGGAUGUUAUAAGGUUUAUUUUGAAAGAAAAUCCUCAUUUUAGGUGAAGCCAUUUUUUAUUGCUUACCAAAUGUGCCUUUGGUUAGGGUUAGUGGAGCUUUAUUAGUCACUCUUUGAGUAACUGGAUAUCACUGCCAUUCCAGGAAGAUUAUCUUUCCUCAUUUUGAGGAGUAGUCUUUGAGGUAGAUUUCCUUAAUGGCAUCUUUUCCAGUGGGUGGAUCUCUUUCAGGAAGAUAAAUCCUGAAGAGCCAGCUUGCUUGAAGAGUAGACUUUGUAGGGGAAGUCAUCUCUUCAACACAAACAUCAUGGCAGAUUGCUUGGGGCUGUGUGAACCAUGCAGCGUUCUGGCCCUGGCCCUCUCCCUCUGUGGCCGCAGAGUGGCAUGGACAAGCAGCUGCUAAUUCAAGAUUCAGAGUGGGCUUCAUAACACACCCUACAGUGGGCAGGGUGACAAGACCAUGGAACCUGCAUUUUGUAAAGCAUUACCAGACAUCAUCAUAGGGACAUCGUAUUACUAAGAAUGCUGAUUUUGUGAUAUUGGAGAAUCACACUCCAUUUUUCUUUCCUAAUUUUGAAGGAGGUAUAUAUCUGAAAACAUUUAAAAUAGUAUAAUAUCUAUAUAAAAUGGCAACAUUAGCACUGUUCCUGCAUCUGAAAAAAAAGGUAAUAUUUGUUUGGAUGUUCUUCAUGCUCUCCAAAAAAAAGUCUAAGAAUAGUUCUCAUUUACUAGAUUUGUUAAGAGUGCCAUAGGAGGAUGUGAGCACCAGGGAGGCUGGAGGGUGGCCCUCUGCAACGGGGAGGGGGCUGGGGAGAAGAGGACACACCUGUAUAUGCAGAACAGAGGCUGCGUAGUAUUGAUGCUGACUGGCCAUGGGUGGGAACAUGAAAGAACAGACUCGUCAGCAGGGAGAGUCCUGGUUAGACAUGGUAAGCUUGUGGUCUUCCCUUGCCCAUGAGUCUGCCCUCCUUUCCCACGUAUGGUGAGACCAGCAACAGGCAGAGGUUGGGGAGAGAUGCCUGUUCUUAUCCCAGCUUCAUCUAAUUGUUGAAGUUCCAAAAAUAAAUUAUUUGAUCCACAUAAAACUAGAAAUUACAAUCUAGACAAAAGACUAUUUUUUAGACCUUUUUAUGUUUUGAAAAUUCGUAAACUGAAGAUUGGUGACAUCUUAGAUAAAUUUUCAAAUCAGGAAAGAAAAAAGUAUCCUGGAGGUCUAGCUAUGAUUUCUAGAAGCAGAAUUUUAACACAUGGUACCCUCAGGCAAGAAGGCUCAGAUGCUCUGCAGUGAAAGUAUAAUUAACAUGAAAUGUUGAACCACGUGUUCACAGACUUCAGCAGCAAAGCCCUUUGGUUGAGGUUUUCUAUGUUAAUGUGAAAGGCUAAGUCACUGAGAUUUGCCAGGAAAGUUCUGAGCCACCCUGCUCAUUAAUUAUAUGAAGAUCUUAAAGUAUGUGUGACUUAGGUGAGCCAAAGAGGCAGGGCAUGUGUACAUUUCAGCUCACUUUGCUCAAGCUUAAACUGUCCUUCAUAGCACUGAGGUCCAUGGGUUUUCUUUUCUUUUUUUUUUUUUUUUUCCGAGACAGAGUCUCACUUGGUCACCCUUGGUAGAGUGCUGUGGCGUCAUAGCCCGCAGCAACCUCAAACUUCGGGGCUCAAGUGAUCUUCCUCCCUCAGCUUCCCUAGUAGCUGGGACUAAAGGCACCUGCCACACUGCCCAGCUAUUUUUUCUAUUUUUAAUAGACAUGGGGUAUCACUUUUACUCAGGCUGGUCUCCAACUUGUAAGCUCAAGUGAUCCACCCACCUCAGCCUCCCAAAGUGAGCCACCAUGCCCGGCCUUAAGGUUUUCAAUAAUAUCUUUUUAGUUAUGAUGUGAAAUGAAAGUAUAUGGGAAGUUUUCUUUGGCCACCAGCUGCCUCAAGAGCAAGAGCCCUUAGGCCACUUGAUUUACAUUAACAGCUUUCCAAUCAUGGGUGAUAAUUAAGUAUGUUUGUGGGAUUUUUCAAACCACAAAUGAAGUGCUUUCUAAUGAAUGGGACACCUUGACAAAUAGGUAUUUUGUAUUUAGAUGCCAAAAUAUGGCAAAUCAUUUUCAAAUGAUAACUAAAAAAUGGGCAUUUUUGAUAUUUCAACUUUUUUAUAGAACCAGCCAACUUUUUGUUUUCAUUUUGCAUUAGGACAACUGUUGAGGAUGCUGUGGGCUUCUGUGUGCAAAAUGGAAAAGAAACUGCAGAUUAGUGUCCCCCUAAUUCAGAUGGACCACUUCCCUGAGACCUGGGGCUUAGACGUCUUCUCCACAUUCCACACAAGGCACCCCGAAGCAGCCAAUUGGUGUCUGAAAAGCCUUCCUCCUCUUUUCCUAAAACUUCCCUUCGUAAAAAGAAGAGGAAAGGAACAAAAGAAAAAGAAAAGGCUUUUUUUUUCCCUGAAAAAGUUAAAUCCUUUCCUGAAGUCAUCAAAUAAACCUGGAAAUUAGUAACUCAUAUCUUAUAUGAAGAAAUACUUAAAUGUUUGUUUAUACGGUAUUUAUUAGAUAGUCAUAACUGUAAACUCACCUACCUAGUAGAUAAGAGUUUCAGGUUAAAUAUUGGAACAUGUAUAGGCAAUCAAAAAUGUUACUUUAAAUUUCAUUCAUCUCUUUUAAAGCCAUAUUUUCGCACUUUUGGGGCUAGGGAAAGUCUAAUAGUACCUGUUUUUAUCAUCUUUACUUUCACAAACUUUGUUACUGAAAAUUAUUGCAUGACAGGAGAGAUUGAGUUAUUUAUUUCUUAUAUUUUUGUAAGUAGAAAAAUGGCAACAACAAAUGGCUAACAUUGUAACUGAUUAUUUGUUUUCUUAAUUUAUCCUCCUAAGCAGAAUGGUAACAAAGUUUUUUCCAACUGAAAAGGCACUUAACUGAUAAAUCAGAAUUUGGUCUUGGGGCAAAAAAAUUCAGCUGUGUGGAAUCUGGACAAGAUUAUGUUUCUCUCAGAAACAGGUUUUGCUAUAAAUGGCUUUAAUGGACAAAAGUGUGAGAAAAAGCUAUGAUAGACUUUUUCUUAGUUUUGUGAGAAACUCCGGGUCUUCUUGCUUAACUUACAUGCAUGUGGAUAUAUUUGUUUUCAAAGCCAUGGAAGAAUCUCUGUUCAUACUUUUUAAUGCAAAUUACUUUGUAUGCUGCUAUGCAAAUUAUAUGAAGAGCCCUACUUGCUCAGAGUUAAAAUUUUGGACACUUUCAGGGAAGACCUGUAGACUCAAGCACUUUCUCUGCUUUUUUGUAUCUUACCUUGAACACUUAUGCUGAAUUAUGUUCUUACUAUUUUCAUUGGUUAUAAGCUAUUGAUUGUACAUAAUAUUUAAACUAUCCAAAUAGCCAGCGUACAUUUCCAUCUGGCUGCCAUUCAUUGGCUGUUGAAGCCAUGAAUGAAAUGGCUGGUUAGAAAGCCAAAGGUCUUCUUGUUUCAGUCGCUAAUAAAGAAGUAAAAUGCCAGAUCUCUUUGGUUUCAAAGCAGAUUGCUGUGAUUAGAUCAAAUAUCUAUGUAAGGAGAAGAGACAUUUAAAUUUGGGAUUCUGCUUAAACUUUAAGUUGAAUAUGACUAUAGUCAUAUUCAUUUUUUUAUAUAUCUCUAUCAGGUAUGAUAUUAUAUGCCAGACACAUAUAUAUCAUCAUAUAAUACAUGAUAUUCUACUUUGAAUUUGGAAAUCAGUUUCAGUUAAAUUUCAGUUGUAAUUAUGGCUUUUCUUUUUCCCACUGAACAUGAAAGUAGGAAUCUGUCAUCACCUACAUUCUCUCUCUGUGUCCUUAUGUUAAUUGCUUGGUAAUCUAGAAUUAUUUUGACUUUCCACAUCCUGUCUUUAAAAACCAAUAGUAGCAAGUCUGUCUCCCCCCCACUUAAGCUGUGUCUUUCACUGUGCUGGAUACAUACAUACUCGAUAAAUGUGUGAUGACAGCUCUAAAAUAAUUAUGCUGUGUAUCAAGAUUAUGUAUUUUUGAACAAUAUAGUUAUUCCUAUGCGGUAAUGAUGUUAAGUGGAAUUUAUUUUACACGAGUAAUAGACUGCCUAAGUGGCUGAUUUGAAACCCUUUCUCUAGGAAAAACAUCUGGCAGAUCAGUGAUAUAAGUUUAUUGUAUUAACAGAACGAAUUUCAGGUUAAGGGUAAGGUGCGGUAGGCACACAGAGCGCAACUGUUCACUUGUCUCUCUCACACUAGCUCAGCUCCCAUCUAGAAUGCUUGUUAAGUAUUAACACAAAAGAAUAUUUCAACAAGAUUUUUUUCUGUUUUACAACAUAAACUUGAGUACAAUCACUUGCCACCUCUAUUCUUUCUUUCUUUUUUUUUUGCAGUUCUUUUGGCCAGGGCUGGGUUUGAACCCGCCACCCCCAGUAUAUGGGGCCAGCGCCCUACUCUUUGAGCCACAGGCACCGCCCUGCCACCUCUAUUCUUCCUUCCCAUUUUGGGUGACUGAAGCAAAGCAUAUUCUAGUUUUAGAAGUGAAUCCAUGUUUAAAUGUUAUGCAUAAAUAUGCCUUUUGUAAAUUCAUUACUCUCCAGUGAACAUAUGAUUACUACCAUAUAAACCAUGAUCUUUGAAUUGCUCUUUAAUAGAUUGGUUAAGGCGGUGCCUGUGGCUCAUGGAGUAGGACGCCGGCCCCAUAUACCAGAGGUGGUGGGUUCAAACCCAGCUCCGGCCAGAAACUGAAAAAACAAACAAACAAACAAACAAAAAUAGAUUGGUUAAAACUAAAGACACAUAACAGAGAAAUGAUACUUCAUUAUUUUAUUUUAUUUUUUUUUUUUGUAGAGACAGAGUCUCACUUUAUGGCCCUCGGUAGAGUGCCAUGGUCUCACACAGCUCACAGCAACCUCCAACUCCUGGGCUUAAGUGAUUCUUCUGCCUCAGCCUCCCGAGUAGCUGGGACUACAGGCGCCCACCACAACGCCCGGCUAUUUUUUUGUUGCAGUUUGGCUGGGGCUGGGUUUGAACCCGCCACCCUCAUAUAUGGGGCCAGCGCCUUACUGACUGAGCCACAGGCGCCGCCCGAUACUUCAUUAUUAUGUAAGAUUAAGAGUCCUGGUUGUAUUCAUAAAUUCUGAGUCCUGUAAAUGACCUUUCUCAGUUUUAGGAUAGAGCAGUGGUUCUCAACCUGUGGGUCAUGACCCACAGGAACUGUAUUAAAGGGUCACAACAUUAGGAAGCUUGAGAACCACUGGGAUAAAGUGCAUUGGCAUCAUCAUAGCUCACUGCAGCCUCAAACUCCUGGGCUCAAGCAAUCCUUUUGCCUCAGCCUCCUGAGUAUCUGGGACUUACAGGUGCCUGCCACCAUGCCCAGCUAAUUUUUCUCUUUCUGUCUUUCUUUCUUUCUUUUUUUUUUUUUUUUUUUAGAAACAUGGUCUCUCUAAGUUUCCCAAGCUUAGUAAUCUUUUUUUUUUUUUGUAGAGUGCGUGGUGUCCCAAGUUUAGUAAUCUUACCUUCAUGCCAUUGACACAAUGUCACCUGUACCAAAACAAUAGAAGUCUUUUAUGAAUACACAAAAGGUUAUUUGCAUAUUUGGAGGAACUUUGAAACUGCAAGGCUAAUUAACUCAUGUAUUCUUUCAUCUGAUUAACUUUUUUUUUUCUUUUUGAGACAGAGUCUCACUCUGUUGCCCAGGCUAGAGUGCCAUGACAUCAGCCUAGUUUACAGCAACCUCAAACUCCUGGGCUCAAGCUAUCCUCCUGCCUCAGCUUCCCGAGUAGCUGGGACUAUAGGCGCCCUACCCAGCAACAGGCUAAUUUUUCUAUUUUUAGUGGAGACGGGUCUUGCAUUUGCUCAGGCUGGUCUGGAACUCCUGAGCUCAAGGGAUCCCUCUGCCCCAGCCACCCAGAGGGCUAGGAUUAUAGGUGUGAGCCACCAUGUCCAACUAAUAUUUUAUUUUUAUUUUUUUUGAGACAGAGCCUCAAGUUGUUGCCCUGGGUAGAGUGCCGUAGCAUCACAGCUCACAGCAACCUCCAAUUCCUGGGCUUAAGCUCCUCUUGCCUCAGCCUCCUAAGUAGCUGGGACUACAAGUGCCCACCACAACGCCCGGCUAUUUUUUGGUUGUAGUUGUCGUUGUUUGGCAGGCCCAGGCUGGAUUCAAACCCACCAGCUCUGGUGUAUGUGACUGGCGCCUUAGCCGCUUGAGCUACAGGCACUGAGCCUAAUUAACAUUUAUUAAUGUGUAGUUCUGUACCAGGCAUUCCGACAGGUCCAAAAGAAAGUUCAUAAUGCCCAGUUUCUCAGUCACACCCUGCCGUCUGUUUAUCAGUCCAGUUCUGCUCAUCUGGAUCUGACCAACUGGAAAAUGUUUACAGAGAUGCUCAGGCUUUGAUUCAUGUCAAUGUGAAAGAACUCCAAGCACAUUUAAGUAGGUCAGGCUUUGCAUCACGCAUUUUUUAAUGCAAAUUAAACUUUAGCUUGGGAAAGAAAACAGAAUACAGUAUCCUUAGUAAGAUAAAUUACAACAAAGAAUUAAGCUCUAUUGCCCAAAGUGGAUCAAUAGGAAAAUCUUUCUUUGAGGAAAAAAAAAAGUUUCUUUUAACUAUGAACAGCAAAGCUAAAUGCAUAUUUCAUCAGUCCUUUGUUUCUAAAUUUUCCUAACCCAUUCAUUUCCACACUUACACAAUUUAAGCAUCUCAUUCACUAGAAGUCUUUAUAUACAUAGUAGUUGGAAUAUUUCUCCCCCAAUGAUAGAUCCCAUGUAUAUGUUUAAAACUUAGAAAAAUUCCACUUUUUCUGGAAUACUCUGGCAUUAAAUCUCAGUGAAAAGGGUACCUAAAGAAAAUAAGAGGUUGACUGAUUUUUUUCCCUAAGUUUCAUACACAGUCCCUUUCUGUCCAGCUUGCCUUCCUUUUAUCACUAGGGUCACCUUUUCAGGCAAUGUCCCUGGACGCCCGAGAAAGUAGCCGUAAUUGGCAUGAAACAGGGGACAUAAUCACAUGAGCUCAUUCUGUUUUGUUUUCCAGUGUCCUGGAAUUGUGCACAGAAAUUAGGUCAGGCCUUCAGUGUCUCGGUCUUUACUUUAAACCUAACCUUCGACAAUCAGGUGCUAAGAUUGUAUAUUAUGGAAACCAGCACAUAUUUUAAGUGUCUAUUCCUCCUAGGUUGGAAGAACUACUUUCCUUCUAUCUUGGUCCUGUUAAAGUGGGCGCCGUGUCUUUUCACCCCUGUUUUGGGAAUUAAUAGAAUUUGGGGGAGAAGAAAUUAUUUAAGCUUCGGGUUUUCCGCAGUCACUAUUCUCUAUAAUACUCUUCUCACCUUGUAGCAAAUCUGCCCUUAUCCUAAGAACUGGUUUCGGGUUUUCCCCUCCACUAUAAGACUCUUGUGUUAUGUUUACAAUCUGUUGGAUGAGUUCACCAUUAUAAGGCCUUGGUGCCCAAAUAAUGUUUUCCUUUUGGGUACUAGAGCUGGGGUCAUUUAGAAGAUAAUGUGGAAAACCAUUACCCACUGAAGGCCUAUUUUGGCUAAUCUCUGCAAACUCUGAUCAUACCCCCUGAUGUGUUCUUUCCCAUUCUGCUUUCAUUUUUGUUAAGUAAAAAGACUUAAAAAGCUUAAAUAAUACUUCUACAAAUAAUUAAAAGGAUGUGAUAUUCUGGAGUUUUUCUUCUUUUUAGAACCUCGUAUUUAAACAAGACUUCUUUUUAAGUCUUAUUUAAAAUUUAAAUCUCAAAUCUUCUGGAUACCAAACCAAAAACCCAAGGCAUAAAACAGGGCAGUAUUUGUGUUCUUAAUUUUUAAAAAAGCUUUAUGUAUACUCUAUAAAUAUAGAUGCAUAGACAACACUUCCCCUUGAGUUGCUUAUCAACAUAUAGCAUUGUACAUUACAAUGAAAAUUUGUAACUUAAGGGUGUUAUAUAUAUAUAUAAAUACAUAUAUACCUUUGUAACCUUUAUACUGUAAAUAAAAAAAAUUGCUUU